AUGGAACCAGACGCACUCGGCUGGAAUCUUGUACUUCAAUCUUGGAUAGCUGAUACUCCGCCUGUGAUAAACGCGUGGUUGAAAAACUUUCUGUACGAGUCGUUGUUUCAAAGAUUCUGCGACCCUAUAAUUCACUGGUCACAUCGCGAAGAUGUUCAGUAUCGCGACGUGAAAGUUGCCAAGGACAUGGACGAGUUGGACCUACGGGCGCAACUCGAGGUUGCCGAACAUUCCCAUUUUACGAAACGUGUGUUGUUUCGAACGAAACAACGACGAUAG